CGACAAGACACUAUAAAAGCCGGCGGGAUUAUCAAAUUUACCGAAUAUGGAUGGUUUGAUAUCAAUCAUAAAUCACAUUUGUCUUGAGUGAGGUGGUCCAUGGCGUAUAGUUACAUUCCGAUGCCUGGUCGAUACUAGGCUGAGCAAAUGGUCGUGGUAAUCCCACUGUCUCUGACUGAGUGACGGUCAGUCCGGACACACAGAGGGGACCCCAAGGCACGCGACGGUAACUAGUCAGUCACAGACUCUGGGGCAAUUUAGCAAUAUGGCGAACGUUUUAGAUCUCGAUGACACUGUCAAAACAUGGGCAUGGACAAAUUUUUUGAAAAUUCGCUCCAAAGAAAACAGUAAGCUGCGUUUUGAGGAUGUUCAGUUAAACGUUAACUGGUCACGUGUUCGAUUCGUCACCGAGAAACCCGAGUAUGACGACAAAGUCAUGGUGGAGCUUCCAAAGGCACAAGUCGUCUUCCGGUCCACAUUUCAUAACGACACAGAAAACGAGCAGGAACACUCGUUUCAAACCGAGAGGUCGACGUCGUGCGUAAGUACCACCUGCAUAGAAAAGGGAUUUACUAAGGGAUUUAACGUGGAACUGAAACUGGGACUUCCGGAGGAAGUGGCCGAGAUCACAGCGGGAUUUGGGCGAGAGGUGAACAUGCAGACGGGAUUUGAGGACACGAACGAGAAUUCCUUGACCUGGGCUGUAAAUAGCACUGUAAGGGUCAAAGGGAACCACUGCGCAACCGCCGAUCUGGUUGUGAGGGAGAGUGAAUUUAGCGCCAAGUACAAAAUGUUAGUGAAAAUACGAGGAAUUGUGAUUGUUUCUUUGACAAAUUUAAAAGACAACAAUUCAUUUAUUCAGUCGUUUGAAGGAGAUUUCUCUCAAAUAAUGAAGGACGAGCAAAAGAAAGGGGUGACAGGAUUUACUAUAGAGGAGAGAACCGUGCACUGGCUGAUAGAGGGAAACUGUAACUUCCGGUUUGGAGUAGAACAACAAAUUAAAUUGAAGGAAGAGCCCUUAAGUAAUUGAUUAGAUACCUAACUUGUGUAUAUCACGAAGGGAUGUUCUAAAGGUUGAUAAGCAAGUUCAUUUGUCCAUAUCUAUGUGAUUAACAGUUGGUAUAUAGUACAGAGCUAUGUAAACUUCAUUAAUUAAAUUCCCAGAUUGUUAAAUUCCAGAGAUGAUUCUAUUUGACGUAAAUGUCAACAGCUAAGAUAAAUGGACAUCCCAUCCAUUGUAAUCAUGAACAAUUAGUUUUCUGGGAAAUGUCAUUCAUACAGACUGGAAAUUAACAUGUAUGAAAUCUAUAGUUUAUUUAGCAAUUAUAAAUAGAAAACAAAAUUAUA